CAGUCCAGUCAAUAAUUUAAUGUUAAACCAGCAACAAUUAGAAUCAAAUUAUAUGGAUAGACAAAACUACCAACAGUUAGACAUAGAUCGAUAUCAACAAGAUAAUUUUACUCAUCGAAAUUCCAAUCAGAUAUCCGGUACCGCAAAGACAGCGCCACCCAUAGGACAGAUUAGUCAAACUUCUAUAGAUUAUUUUGACCAUUACAAACGACCUCCUAGUAGAGAUGGUUCUGUGGAUCGAUAUUCCAGAGCAGCGAGUAGACUAGGUGGAGCACAAUCCAGACAAUCUUCAGUAGAUAGAACCGGUUCGUAUGUAGUUAAUCAAGGUGUAACAAAUGAAUCUGUGCCUGAUCGAUCUGUGCGUGCCGGUUCUCAAAUGCGAGGGGUAACGCCCAUGAGAAACGUAACGAAUGUAAGCAGUACGAUACCAACGGGUAAUGGCAUUGUGCCACAUCCUCCGUCCAGAGCAGCAACCCCGCUUCAUCAACAGACAACUGACGCUUCGUUUUCCAGUCCGAAUCAACCGUUGAAGACGUUCUGCUACGUCAACGAACCCUUGGCCAAGACAUUAUUCCAUCACCAUCGCAGCCAAAACGAACGGAAAGUUUGUAUCUGUCGAAACCGUUAGGGAAAAUUGGUGGACCAAGUGAUGCUGUUCCUAGUGCAGCGAUGAGUAGAGGUGGCGGACGAGGUGGUGGCGGAGGUGGAGGUGGAGGUGGAGGUGUGGUGGGGGUGGAAUGCCAAGGACACCUAAGUUCGUUCCAGUGAAUACGACCCUUCAACGAAAGAAAUCCCUUCCCGAUGUUCAGCAGCUUCCGUUCGCUACUAGUGUGAUGAGCAGAGAAGAAGUGUCUAUGCUAGGAUCUGCGCGAAGGGAAGAAGUUCGGCGGCAGAUUGACGAAUCAGAACGUUUGAAAGCGAAUCCAUUAUUGUAUCUAGUCAGUCCAAAAGUGAAGGAUUGGUUCUCGCGGCAGCAACUUGUUAUGCUGGUGUUAAUAAUAAAUAUAGCUUUGGCAAUUAUGUUCUUUAAAAUGCUAACAUAGCAUCAACCAUACCCAUGUUUGCCCUUCAGCAUUUUUCUGAAUAUAAUAGUUGUAUAUUAGAAAAAGCAGAAACGAGGAUGAUAUUUGAGCGAACAUUAUGGGAUAACUCUAAUAACUGCUGUGCGUGCUAAAAUCGUUAAAACAGCAUUAAGACACUUCUAUACUUUGAAUUCGCAAUUCAGCCAGCUGCCAUCGAUAGCCACUAGACUGAACGAGUAAGUCAAGUGAAUAUAUCAUUAGAUUGGUGUUGUUAUGGAAUCUUAGUUACAUUUUUAUGUUAAUUAUAUGUUGAUUUUAUUUUUCUUAACAUUACUUAGUUUUCAACUUACAUCAUCUGCUCUGAAUGUCCAGCCCACCUUACUAAAGAUUCUUAUCUGUUUAAAUCUCCUAAAAUGUUUAUAUUGAGUAAAUUUGAAGAAAAAAAAUCGUUAAACUUCUUUCACGAAUUGUUGGAAUGCAAAUUGUGAAAGCCCUCAGAACCAAAGCGAACUAAAGCACUAAAUAUUAAACAUACAUAUUCGAUGUCGAAAUAAAAUAUCAAUACCUGUAUUACAUAAAA